GCACGGCACGCGUCUCCUACCCCAUUGGCCCCUUCCCCGCCCUCAUUUGCAUGGCGCCCCGCACGCCAAUCGGCGGCGGCUACCUGCUUAACAUGCAAGAAGCCGGCCACUCAGCGAGCGCGGGGGCCGGGCCACCACGUGCUGUUGCUAAGCUUCGGCUUCUAAAUUGUUACUAUAGUGGCCAGCCAAUCGGAGGGGGAGAUGGGGAUCUGUCAACAUUCCCUGCCCCAGCCAGGGGAAAAGGGGGGGUGCGCUGCCUGCCGGUUGGCCCGGCUGCCGCCCCGCGUCCCGCCCCCGCGCCGAAUCGCCGUUCCCUAUUGGCGGCGCGGGCCGCCCGUCGCCUGUGUGUCAAAUGUAGGUUGAGAGAGGUGCCUUAUAACCGGGGGCUUGGAAGUCCCCCGCGCGUGAACUCGGCGCGGUGCGCGACGCGGGGCGACGGGGGGCUCGGGGCUCGGCUCGGCUCGGCUCGGCUCGGCACAGGCAGCCAUGGAAUUGAACUCUCUGUUAAUUCUCCUGGAAGCGGCCGAGUACUUGGAGAGAAGAGACCGAGGUCGUCACACAACGAACUAGAAAAACAUAGUAUGCCUAAAGUGCAGUUAAUUUUCAUCUUGCAUAGUUUGUUUGCAGAUGGGCUCCUUAGCUGUAGGAAGUCUCCUGGGGUACGCUGCUCUGAAGGUGCACACAGAGAGCUGCCGAGUACAAAAGGUGCCCAUCGUUGCAUUGGCUUUCGGUUCCCCGGCUGAGCAGCGCUGUGGCACCCUCACUGCAGCAUCGCUGCCUUUCACUUAUCAUUCAGGCAGCCGGACAAACUCUCUUUCGGGUAGUUUUUUGUUCUUUUUUGUGUAGCUUGUGGUCUUUCGGGUUUCAUGCAUCCAAAGAAAGCAAGGGGUGUAUGUGUGAAUAUGACUUAAACCUAUUUGCAUGCUUCUAAAUACCUGAAACAUGGUUGAUGGCACAACAAGAUUGAACUCACUGGUGGGGGGGGGGGGGGGUUGUGUGUUGUUCUGUGGCCGCAGUUAUGUAGCAGCUAGACCAUCACUUCCCUUGCAUGCCUACAUGCUUUCCUGUAGUUUAAUUGUAAUAUGAGUAAACUGUAGCCCUGCCUAAUAGCCACGUGGUCAUCCUAGAGAUGAGAGGAACUGGGGAAGGCUCAAGCUCACAAACACAGGCCUGGGCUGCGGAAUGCAGUGCAUUGGCUAAGGCAGUGAAAUCAGCUGGCAGAAGUUCUGCUGACAGAGUCUUCAGGAAAAUAACUUGAUGCAAAAUUCUGUCCUUCAGUCACAAUUCUUUAAAAGAAGAAAAAAAUCUUUGGCCCCAACUGUGCUUCUUUCUCACUCUCAUUUUUUUUCCAUCCUCUUUCUAGAUACCCUGUUCCAUUUCUUCCUUUUCCCCUGCUCCAUCAUUACUGACUUGUUGUCAUCCAAACUGCAUAUUCCUUUUUUUUUUUCUUCCAGUCAUUUUUCUAACCCAAGCAUGGAGUUGCCUCUUCUUCCCUCUGCUCUGCCUUAACAUGUUUAAGCAGCACGGUAAAUGAAGUACAGCAGUAUUUGCAGCAGAUGCAAGGGCAGAAGAAGGAUCUAUUAAUUGUUCAAUCUCUGUUCUCACUUUCAGUUCUGUGUUGUAUCUUUGUAGUAGCUAGAGCAUAUAGCAUUUGCCUUACUACCUUUUCUUUUUCUGCCAUCUCAAGGUCAAAAUAGGUAAACUGCCAGGUAUGUCUUGUGAUUAUACAACUAAUAUUUGUAACUGCUGCCACUUGCUGUACCUCUACAGUUAGACUAUACUUGAAGCCAGGUUUUUAUUAUUCCUGGUGAGAACCUGCGAAUUAGUACAAGAUCCUUUUAUGUGCAAAUGGGUGUUCACAAAAGCAGGUGAGGUGUAUACAGUUCUAGUCACCUAAUGUAUUGGUGUGAAGGACUCUUGUAAUUUAUUUUUUUUUAACAACCCCCUCCUCCAGCACUGUGGGUGUAUGAGCUGAUAAUACCAACUGUACUGUUUUUCACUCUGUUUUACUAAAAUUGCAUUAAAAUCCAUCAAGCAUCUUGCAAAGUUUGAUGGAAGAUUCCCAGCCAUAGUGUGUCCCUGUAGCAGCUGGUCCUUGCAGCAGAGCCCAUCCUCUCCCCCCAGCGCAGCCCUGCCCUGCUGGCUCUGAAGCACUGGAUGUUGAUUUUGGAGGUGUAUUCUUUCCAGGACCAUCACCUUUGACUCACCACUGCCAUGAGGCUUCUGGCUGAGGCACACUUGGUUAUCUCACAGGAGCCCGUCAAGGAGGAAGAAAGGAGAUGGCCGCUCAUAUCCUCCUCCUUGCCCAGUCCCUCAUGUGGUGUCUGUGGGCUGGACUGAGCGCUGGAGGGCAGGGAAAUGGCUUCCUCAUUUACAGGGCCUUUGUGUCCUGGAUGAGGGUGGCCAGAGCUGCCACUAACCAGAAAGCCAUAGCAGCCGUGUACUGGUACACAGUGCUGUUCAGGUUCUGCAUUGGUGUUGCACGUAAGAGGUUUUAUCUCUGGUUUUGAUGUCAGUGGGAAUGGCAGUGGUUGAUCUCUCUGUGUGUGCAGACUCAGCCGUUUGGCACCACUACUUUAAUUUGCAUUUUCUACUGCUGGGUCUCUUUUCUCUAUGCUCUUGAGGGGAUGCUCAGAGAAAGACAAAUGGAAGCAGAGACAUAAUUCCAACAAGAAGUCUCGUUAUAUGAUAGAAUUCAGACUACAAUUAUGGUAAAGUGUUUGUCAGCAAUUCAUACAUAAAAUUCCUUUUUCUCUGCUUUAAGUCUCCCUGGAAUACACUGCUCAGAACUUCAGUGUUUGUUCAUUAUAGUGAAACUCUGUAAGGACUCAUCCCUCUAAUGGCAGUCCUGUUUUCAUCCUGUGAUUAAGGUUUGCAUCUCAGAGCCAUGAAACAGGAAACCCCCUAAAUAAAAAGUAGGAACGGAGGAAAUCUUCUAUCCUAAGGACAAAUGAGGUUCUAGAAGAUAUUUUAAUAAUUACAGACAGGUCAAUCAGAAUGGUACUCAGAUAUAACUAGUUCCUAAUGACAAAUAUAUACAUAUAUAUUCAUGUAUAUUAUUUUUUAAUACUGUUUCCAGCCAGAGCAUUAUAUCAGUAGGCUUUCACAGAGCAAUGUAAAUAGCAAGUACAUUGGUAAUCAAGACUUUUUGCAAGGCAGUCUUUAAAUCAACCUAACCUGACAGCUGUAGAGAGGAAUUCAACUUUCAUAGUGUAAAAAAACCAAGAAUCCAUGAGAGACUCAAGCUUCUUAAAAAGACACGCAUAAUCUCAUUUAUUUGCAUCAAUUUAUACUAGUUCUGCAUUACAAUGUAAAAACAAAGCUAUAUUGGCUUGAAGAUUGUACUGAGAUCUUCACACUGCUCUGUGAAGGCGGUGAGUCAUCUGCCCUCUGCUAUUCAUGUGUGGACUUGUCCCCCCAGCUUGCGCAGGACUGGGGGAGGGAGUGACACCUCCCUGCCGUGGUCCAUCCUUUCUUGUCAGAAGCAAAUGGAGCCCUGAUGAGGGAUACUGGGACCAACCCAUCAGGACUCCUUUGGUGACAAAGUCAUUUCACUCCUGCCGGGCCAUGAGGAGCUCUGCUGUAGGAGGAGUUCAAGAUCAUGUCCUUUCUAUGGCAAAGUCUUUGAAAAUAGCCUGUGAAACCGAAUGAUUUUAAAGAACAGCUUUUAAGCAUUAGUGAGGAAAUUAAUAAAAGUGUGCCUCAAAAUCAGCAAGCCACAUGCUGCUGUCCCCAAACUGGCACCGUGUGAGCUGAAAGAGUGCCUUGGCUGGGUGACCAUGGUACAGCUUGAUCUAGAUGGACGGUUAUCUCCUGCCUCUAUCAAACCAUUUGUAUUAUUCUCUGUGGGGUUUUCCUGUUUUUUUUUUAAUCAAGAAGGGGGAAGGGACAGAUCAGCAGUGGUAAAAGUUGUCCUGCCUGCAUUCCACAAAGUAGUAAACUGCUGGCAAGCAAUGGGAGUAUAAUUAGAAGAGGGAGCUGAUUAAUGUCUUUGGGCAGGAUGGACUGGUGAUCUUGAGCAUGACAGUGCUCAGCACUGCAGCAUCUGACUUGCAAUUGCUCUCCUGCUUGGAGGAAUCAACAGAUCCCAUCCCAGGUCCCCAGGCGUAGGUUUGACAAAAGCUGGUGAGCUGAGCCGGGUGGACGUAAAAAGCAAGCAUUGCUGUUGGGAGAGGUGGGCUCUAGGGGCAUUUUCCUGCUUUCCUAUGGAAGUUGCUCCAAGAAGGAGAAGUGCACAAGUGUUUAGCUCAAUCACUGGGUAUCAGGUAGGACAGGGAACAGUCCUCUCUUGUUCAGGGCUCACUAGUUUGUAUUGCAGCAACCUGAGACUGCUGUGGAGAUGGCCUGGAUCAGUUGAGUGGGACAGCCCUGAAUUUUUAGAAGUGCAAGAACAAGAUGGGGAAUACAUGAGACACAGUGACUUGCAAAACCUUUUAGAGGGACAAACCUUUCCUUCUUCCCAAAUGAGUCUAAUGUAUGCAUUGUUUACAGCGAGCGCUGAUCAGGGGGAGAUUGAAAGUGUUCCCAUGCAUGCAGAAGGCAAUGCUGACCUGAGGUUUGGGUAAUGCAUUGUGUAGUCCUUAAACCUAAAAUCUUGCCAGAAAAAGGUUGUUCUAUUGCAUCAUAAUGUGUAUGAAGUAGAUAUCUGUACAUAAAUGUAGGUUUUGAUGAAAAAUAUAUAUUUUGAUGGGAGCAUUAUGACAUACAACAUUAGCUGAGAAAAUAAAUAGAGUAGGUGCCUCUGAAGUUAAGUUCUAAUAGAUAGUCAGUUUUCUUAUGAAGGAAGUGCAGAUGCCAGGAGCACAGUUACAUUCAUUAGUACAUUAAUUUCACCCACCAGAGUUACUUGGAGUUUAAAGUUUCUAUAAGCUGCGAGAGUGCACAGAUGGAUGUCUUGAAAUUCUCUGUGUGGUUCUUCGUGUUACUAAAUUGCAGGGUUAAUGGAAAGCAUGUAAUUGCCAGUUGCUGAUAAACUUGGAAGUUUUGAAACAGAACUGAAAGGUCAUUGAAAUAAUAGCGUACCAAAACAGUGCUUAAUGUUUAUUUUUAUUAUGGGCUGCCUUUUCAAAAUUGCACAUUACCAUUGCAGUUAGUGCUGUUAUGCAGCAUAAAGAUAAAACUGCAUUGAUCCAUCACGUUGAAUGGGUACAGUGCCACCACUAGCUGAGGAAACCCCCUAACUGGUGCUGGAGGUAAAGUACUUCCAGGGAAAGAUCCCCCAGUAUGCGUCUUGCUGCUGUGCUUCCAUCAGGACUUUAACCCAGCACGUUUGCGUGCUGCUCCUGCUGGGUCCUGCUUCCUGCUGGCACAGGAGGGAGGGGAGAAGCUUGCUUCUUCAGCCAGUUCAUUUUCCUGACCCAGCUCACUGUCACAGGCACACCCUAGUGCCAGCACAGAGAGAGGGUGGGAUGGCUUCUUUGAGUGACAGUAUUAAUUUACAGUACAGAGCAGUACAGUUCACUUCUUUGUCAGUUUAAUAUUUCUCUUAAGCAUCCAGUUUUGGCCACUAUUGUCUGGAGAGUGCUGCGCUGGAUGGGUCUUACUGACCUGGUACAGAUCUCAUUGUUAUAAUGGGUCUAUAAAAACUGCUGCCAUUUCUAGGACGUGUCCAGAUUGUACAUAAACCAUCCAGAUAAUAUGGCUGCUACAUUAGUGGUGGGAACCAUGUCGUCUUACUAGCAGAAUUUAACUUCCUUUCUUCUGGUUUUCUCGUCAACUAAGGAACUUUUUACACCAUCUGGUUGGUGUGAAGUGGUUUAUUGCAAUUCAAGUGAAUUGCAAUAAACAUACCUUUGCACUGCUUAAGCAAGGUAAUGUCUUAAGAGUCUGACUUGCUUUUUGUGAGUUGACAGCCACCAUGAUUUAGGCAUCUGCUCCCCCCCAGCUAUGACUGCCUCCCUGAGGAUGCUAACUGUGGUGGUCAGGCAAAUGGUGUUGCCUCAGCCAGUGCAAGGCUGAGUCUCAGCUCAAACCCCCUUUUACCUGUAAUUUAACCUGAGGUUUCCAACAGAGGAGGAAAGUAUAUGGUGGUAUUUGUGUCUUAAAUUGCUGUAAUCAAGUUUUUUUGUGGAGCUUGUUUAGCAAAGUCUAUAAAGAAGUGGACCCACAGAACUGAAAAUUUAAUCGUAUGCUUUUGUUGAAAUGUCCCAUGUUUCUGAGUCUGAUGAAUCCAUGGAAUUAAAGAAAUUAGAAGGUUUAAAGCUUAGUGCUGAAAUGCUAUUCUUUCCUUACUUUUUCCCCACCUCUUGACAGUCUGCAAAUGUCCGGACCUGUGGCUUGUCCUGUACUACAUGCUGCAAUAGCUACUAUAAAUGCCCAUGUACUGAACUGCUGUCUUUUCAGUGCACACAGCAGCUCACCCGAUUAUGCACUCCCAAGAACAGCGUCUUCCCACCUAGACUGCUGGUUUGGAAAGGAGAGGUAUAUUAAGCAGAUGAAGCUUGGAAGUUAAUCUGCUCAGGAAGUUAUAUUCCAGGUGUCAGAGAUGUACACGUCCUCAUGCUCUGGACAAAGCUUUUAUUCAGCAAUGAAAAAUGGACUAAAAUACAGUCUUGACUAAAUUGUAAUGUCCUUUUUCCUGCUGAAGUUGGCUUUGAACUGCGGAGCCUAAGUGCAGUCUUGGGUCUGGGCUCCAGAAAGCCGUGUGCUUCCUGGCCAGCCAAACAGCCAGCAGAAAGCAGAUGGGCGAGAAACCAAGUGCAUGCAUUUUUUCCAGUUGAAUUUGUUCAUCCCUCUCUCCAAACAUAAGUCCGUUAUGUGUUGGCCUCUAAUGGACUAUGUGAAAGGUGGUUUAUGUUCUCAGCAUCUGCUAAUUGACCUGGCCAAUUGUUAUCCCCUGUGGUGGAAAGAGUGGGCUGGUCUUUUACAAAAUGGAAAUAGAAGGGCCAGACUUCCAGGUACUUUCAGGACUGUACAGACAACAGUUAGGUGCUGAUUCCCUGCAAAUAGGGAAAGAGAUGCCUGGUGGUGACUGAUCUCUUGAUUGGAGGAGAAAAAGAUUUGUUGAAUUAGGUAUUUAAAAAAAAAAAGUUUUCUUUUUAAGCUUGCUUAGCUACAUCUGGGCAAGUAAGCUGGAACUUGAUUUUUUU